GGCAAUUUUUAACUUGGAAGCUAGAAGGCAGAGUUGACUACGACAUCUCUCCCACAUACCACUCAAAGUCCAUAGAUUUUAAUUGAGGCUCCAAGGACUCAUCAUUCUAACGGACACACUUUUGAUCUGCAAGUUGAGGAAGAAUGGGAAGAAGAGCAACAGCGGUCGCCCUUCUCUGUUUUUGGUGUUUUCUGAUUGCUUCUUAUGCCGCUAAUGAUACUCUAGAGCAAGGUAGGCCGCUCAGAUAUUGGCAGCAACUGGAAUCACCCAAUAAACGAUUCAAGUUAGGUUUCUUCGUGCCUUACUGGCAACAGGAUUCCGGUUCUGUUGAUCAAUCUUUCUUGGGAAUAUGGUACGACGAAGAAAAUUGGUCCCAAGAUGGCGAAGAAGACUUUCCAAGGAUUUCCUUGCCACCUGUAUGGGUUGCAAACCGAGACGACCCAAUCUUGAUGCGUUUGGGAGUUCUCUCCGUUGGCAGCAAUGGAGACCUCCAGAUUUCAUCUGCUGAAACAAAGGUGAUCGCUACCUUGUACUCAACUCCAGCUUCGAUUAACGCCAGUGCCACUCUGCAGGAUGAUGGUAACUUCGUACUGCAGGAGCUGGAUUCAGAUGGAUCUGUGAAGCGGAUUCUGUGGCAAAGCUUUGAACAUCCCACCGAUACUCUUCUUCCGGGCAUGAAACUGGGAAUUACAACAAAUCUUACAUCGUGGAAGAGUUACAAUUCACCUGCCUCAGGCUCUUAUACCCUCCAUGUGGAUCCCAAUAAACAACAACUCGUCAUACGGGAGCAAGGGGUCGAAAUCUGGAGUAGCGGAAAUUGGCGAGAGAGCAGUUUUGACUUUCAAUCUUUUUCUGGGAUUGAUUAUGGUUUGAACUUUAGUUUCUUUCAAAAUGGAACCCAAACUUACUUCACUUACACAUACACUGCAAGGCACAGCUAUUCUUAUUUCCCAGGAAUAAGAAUAGGCAUUGGUGGUCAGCACGACAUGUUAUCUGGUAGCGAGGACUACUGGCUCCCAUCAACUUUAUGUUCUCAACCUUACAACGCCAAAAACUACAGCAAAUGCAUAAGGCAAACUCUUCCCAUGUGCAGGAGAAAUUUUAAGGUUCAAAUUUUCUCACAACAUUAUGGAUCAAUGUCCAGAGGUGGAUUCACAAUAGAGAACAGUGACGACCCGACUGUUGUGGGUUGUAGAAAUAAAUGCUUGUUAAACUGUAAUUGUCUUGCUUAUGCUGCAAUCAAUCAUCAGGACAAUAACAAGACUGGCUGUGAAAUUUGGACAUCAAGAGCAGAAUUAAAACCAGCGCCCGAUGGGCAAGGCCGUGUCAUUUACAUCCUUCAUUCCAAAGGUGAGUUUACUUUAUUCUCCAAAGUGCCUACUUAUAGCAUAUUAAUUGACAUAUUGCUGCUUAGAUGUUUUGGUGGUAAAGAAUCUAAAGAUGUUAGUCAAUUGAUUGCAGAGAACAGAUGGUUACUUUGGCUUACUUUUGUAGUUGGAGCAAUGAUGAUCCUACCCGCUUUGUGCUCUAUCUGCUAUGUCAUCUGGAGACAAAGCACAUCAAAUGGUGAUGAAAACAUUAAGCAGAGGACACUAUUAAGAGAACUGGAAGGUGGUGAAGCGAGUUCUAUCUCAUUUGGAAAACCAAGUAGUCUUAAGAAAGAUGGAAAUAAUGAGCUGCAGGUGUUCAGCUUCGAAAACAUUGUCUCUGCAACAAACUAUUUUUCACUUGCAAAUAAGCUAGGAGAGGGUGGCUUUGGACCAGUUUAUAAGGGAAUAUUACAUGAUGGGCGAGAAGUAGCAAUAAAGAGACUCUCCACAGGUUCAGGACAAGGAGUAGCAGAAUUCAAGAACGAAGCUGUACUAAUUGCAAAGCUUCAGCAUACUAAUCUUGUGAGGCUUCUAGGCUUUUGCAUUCAAGUAGAAGAAAAGAUAUUAAUCUAUGAGUAUAUGCCAAACAAAAGCUUGGACCACUUUCUCUUUGAUCCUAACAAGAAGAAAAUGUUGAAUUGGAAGAGACGAUUCAUUAUCAUUGAAGGGAUUGCUCAAGGGCUACUUUAUCUACAUAAAUAUUCAAGAUUGAAAGUCAUUCACAGAGACUUGAAGGCUAGCAACAUUUUACUUGACAACGAAAUGAAUCCGAAAAUAUCUGAUUUUGGGAUGGCUAGAAUAGUUGGACUAAAUGAAUCUGAAGCAAAUACAAACAGAGUUGUUGGAACAUAUGGGUAUAUGUCUCCAGAAUAUGUCUCCCAAGGCAUUGUUUCAUUCAAAACUGACAUGUUUAGCUUUGGAGUUCUAUUGCUGGAGCUUCUAAGUGGGAGGAAGAAUACUACACGUUGUCAUCCUGACCUUCCUCUCAAGCUUACAGGAUAUGCGUGGCACCUAUGGAAUGAAGGUAGAGGUUUAGAGUUAAUGGAUCCUAGCGUGGAUGAAGUUUGCCCUUAUAAUCAAAUAUUAAGAUGCAUCCAUAUUGGCCUCUUGUGUGUACAAGAUCAUGCUGAAGAUAGACCCACCAUGUUUGAUGUUGUGGCAAUGCUUUCUAACGAGACAAUUCCGCUGCCAGAACCAAAAAGCCCAGGUUUUUUCACCACCAGUGCGGUUCAGGAAGAAGCAGGUGUUCUUGGAAUUGGGUCAGAGAUCUGUUCCAUAAAUGAAGCAUCAAUUUCAUUGAUGGAAGCUAGAUGAUUGAGAGACAGUAACUGACUCUGCUAUGACUACAAAUGUUAGCAUUAUGUUACUUCUGUAUACAGGUUUUAUUUUGUAAUUCUAAUACUAACAUAUGUAUAAACUGAAUAAUGUUGAAAUUCUGAACCAAACGAUCUUUUGUUUCCUAUCAAUUCUACAUAGCCAAACAGAGUAUAAAACUUUGCCUGAGAA